CAAAGAAGCGUUACUUUACUUCAAGAAUCUUCUUUUUCACUUCAAGAAUGGCUGGUGAUUAAGUAACCCUGUUGAAUUUCUGGGCAAGUUCAUUUGGUAUGAGAGUGACAAUAGCAUUGGCUGAAAAGGGUGUAAAGUAUGAGUACAGCGAACAAGAUUUGAGGAACAAAACUGCUUUACUUCUUCAAAUGAAUCCUGUUCACUCGAAAAUCCCAGUUCUUGUCCAUAAUGGGAAACCUGUUUGUGAGUCACUUAUCAUUGUUCAGUAUAACCUGUUUGUGAGUCGCUUAUCAUUGUUCAGUAUAUUGAUGAGGCGUGGAAGAACAAGGCUCCUUUGUUGCCUUCUGAUCCUUACCAGGGAGCUGUGUCAAGGUUCUGGGCAGAUUUUGUUGACAAAAAGAUAUAUGACCACGGGAGGAAGAUAUGGACAACAAAAGGAGAAGAUCAGGAGUCAGCCAAGAAGGAUUUCAUUGACAGCCUCAAGCUGUUGGAAGGAGAGCUUGGAGACAAGCCUUACUUUGGGGGCGAGACCCUCGGCUACGUUGAUGUAGCACUACUUCCUUUCUAUUG